AUGUACGAAAAAGAAAAAGAAAUUCAGCUAGAGGCUGCGAAACAAGCCAAAUCUUUUUGCUUGAGCUCUUCUGUAAGUUCUGACAGCUUUUUGCCGAAAUACAGCGAAAACUCCUAUUCACAUCUGGACGAUAUGGAAAAAGGUUGCUUAUGUUUACAUUCUGAUCCAGCUCCAUCGUACCCAGAAAACAAAGAAUCUUCCAUAAACAUGCGACUAAACCUUUCCUUCGAAUCAAUAACGAAUUUCUUCAUGACAUUAAGGAGUCUCUUCAUGGCAUUACCGUCUCUAGUUUUCUGGCCGGGAAAAAUUGCGAGAAUUCCUGAAGCACAACGCAGACAGGAGAAUGAAGCUCUCCGGCUUGGUUGGUGCUUUAUUGGUUCAAUCGUAUUGGACUUUUUCUUUUCUUACUUUUUUCUUGUCCCCUUUAUAAAGGAAUCGAUGAAAGAGUUUGUAGGGUUACGGUUUCAGAUUGCUCUAGCGAUUGUUCUUGUCAUCGCGGCUUUCUACAUGUUCUUGUUUGUUUUUUCACUGUUGCUGGAUUUUAUUGCUUUAGUGCUUUCUGGGAUUGCUUCUUGGAUUCCUUGGAUUGCUUCUGGGAUUGCUUCUUGUAUUAUUGCUGCUCUUGGUUUCAGGAUGUCGUCGGAAAGAAACGACUCGACGGAUGGUAACUGGAUCCCACUAAACACUAUGCCAGCAGGGUCUGAAAAUCAAUCCAACAAUCGUAGUGAUAAUACUGCCGGACAACCAUCAUCUGAAUGUUUUGAGCAACAUCCAAGGAUACAUCACAAACCGAGUCAGGCUAGGGAUGCUGAAAGCACUGGAAACGAAUCUCAUGCUUGA